UGUGACGCUGUCCCUGGAGAUGGCGGCGUACUUGAGCAUGGGUGAAGCGCAACGCCGCAUCGGCGACUACCUCUCUCGGGUGACCAACGCCAUCUCCUGCUCCGACGCCGCCGCGCUCGCCUCCCUUCUUUCCGUCUCCUCCGCGCCGGCCUCCACCCCGCUCUCCGACGCGCUCGCCGCCAUCCCGGACUUCCCGCGCCUCGCUGGAGAUCGCUACCCCGACCUUGCCGACCUCCUCGUUCCGUUGCUCCGAGCCAUCCACUUCCACUCCAUCCAGCGCUUCGCCGACGCCUACUCCUCGUUCGAGAAGGCCUCCAACGCGUUCCUGCAGGAGUUUAGGAACUGGGAGACGCCGUGGGCGAUGGAGGCGAUGCACACUGUGGCGCUCGAGAUCAGGCUAAUCGCCGAGAAGGCAGAUAGGGAGCUUGCGACGAAUGGAAAGAACCCUGACAAGCUUCAGGCGGCUGGGUCUUUUCUGAUGAAGGUUUUUGGUACACUAGCGGUGAAAGGGCCUAAGCGUAUUGGGGCACUCUAUGUUACCUGCCAGCUAUUCAAAAUUUACUUCAGGCUUGGAACAGUAAACCUUUGCCGUAGUGUCAUAAGAAGUAUCGAAACUGCAAGGAAUUUUGAUUUUGAAGACUUUCCAGUGAAAGACAAGGUCACUUAUAUGUACUACACUGGGCGGUUGGAGGUGUUUAACGAGAACUUUCUUGUUGCAGAUCAGAAGCUAACUUAUGCUUUGAUGCAUUGCAAUCCUCAAAGCGAGUCAAAUUUGAGGAGAAUUUUGAAGUUCCUUAUCCCUGUAAAGCUUUCAAUAGGUGUACUGCCAAAAAGGACUCUUUUGGAGCGGUAUAGUUUGCUUGAGUAUGCAGAUGUUGUCACUGCACUUAAGAGAGGAGAUCUCAGGCUUCUCAGGCAAGCUCUAGACAGGCACGAAGACCAAUUUUUGAAAUCUGGCGUCUACCUUGUACUGGAGAAACUUGAACUUCAAGUCUAUCAGAGAUUAGUUAAGAAAAUCCACAUCAUUCAGAGACAGAAGGAACCAGCUAAGGCACAUCAGAUUAAGCUAGAUGUUGUCGUAAAAGCUCUGAAAUGGCUUGAAAUCGACAUGGAUGUGGAUGAGGUGGAGUGCAUCAUGGCAUGCCUUAUAUACAAGAACCUUAUAAAAGGGUACUUUGCUCACAAGAGUAAGGUCCUUGUCCUCAGCAAACAAGACCCCUUCCCCAAGUUGAACGGGAAGCCUGUUUAAAUACAAUUGUCACGGAGAAAUCCUGUAAUACAAUGGUAUUUUUUUUGUUUAGUAUGCAGAGAUGCUUUCCAUAUUAAGUGAAACUCCAAGCCUGACAAGGACAUUUAGGGCCUGAUCGGUUAUACCGGAAUAAGCCAGGAUUCAUUCUAGCUCAUCAAAAUCUAUAUAAGGCCUUGUUCGUUUGUGCCGGAUUGGUGGGUCGGAACGAUUCCUAACCGGAUUGUUUCUCUAAAUUAUAUAAACUUUGAUUAGCUGAAACGAUUUCGGGUGCAAUCCGACACAAACGAACAAGGCCUAAAUUAGAGAAGUAAUCCAGCUAGGAAUUAAUCCGGGACUCCAAUCCCAAACAACCGAACAAGGCCUUAUAUUUAAUCACCUCUGGAUGUAAUGUAACCUGUAUCAUUAUUGCCUCAUUGACCUUCAUUUUC